CUAGUUGAUUUUUAUUUGAAAUUUGAUCGAUCUUAUUUUUCUUUUAUUUGUAAUUGAUGUCGAAGAUGCUUGAUUUGUUUAGGCUUUGUCUCAGUAAAUGCUGAUAUAAAGUAAGAAGAUAGUAAAGAAUGCAAGAUUAACAUUUUUUUUGUUUCUUUUUCUUUUAAUAUAUGUGAGGUUCUGGCAGAUUUAUCAACGGAAAUAAACUUUUAAAAAAAUGAAAAUAUCGGAGGUUUUCGCGAGAGAGAAUUUCUUUUUCUCUUUCUCCAGAUUCAUUUGAUUUAUUUGAUUAUGUCAGGAAAGACGUAGGAGUCUUACCCUUUUUUUGCCUAUAAAUAUACAUACUUAUACCCCUUCAAUUCAGAAUCAGAGAGAGAAAAGAACAAACCCAAGAUUUUAGUUUUAGUUUUUGAAUCUUUAGAUCAAAAGAAUGGCAGAGGAAGUAGUACUGCUGGAUUUCUGGCUAAGUAUGUUUGGGAUGAGAUCCAGGAUUGCUUUGGCUGAGAAAGGGAUAAAGUAUGAAUACGAGGAAGAAGACUUGUGGAACAAGAGUGCUUUACUGUUACAGACGAACCCUGUUCAUAAGAAAAUCCCUGUUCUUAUCCAUAACGGUAAACCUAUUUGUGAGUCGCUCAUUCAGGUUCAGUACAUCGAUGAGGUAUGGCAUGACAAAGCUCCUUUGCUCCCUUCUGACCCUUACCAAAAAGCUACUGCUAGAUUCUGGGCUGAUUAUGUUGACAAGAAGGAUUUUGGACUUGUACCUAUUAAAGUUGCUACUUGGGGACCAUUUGUUCUUCUUAAUAUGGACAAUGAGAUUUUACAAAAGGACAAUAUUGAUACUGGCAACGUUGCAAGUGAAUGGCUUGGUAGCUCCUCUGAAUUAUUUAGCCUUAAUGGAGUUGAUACCACACUAACUUAUGUUUGUCGAUGUGAGUACAUCAUAGAAUGUAACUGGAAGGUAUUCUGCGACAACUACUUGGAUGGUGGUUACCAUGUGCCAUUUGCACACAAAGGCCUUGCAUCUGGUCUUUCACUUGAUUCAUAUACAUGCUUCUAUUUUUACGUAAGUUUUAGAUUAUACAAGGUUAAUGAUAGGUAAUAUUGUUUUAGAGGAGACUUAUGCUUGGCUUCAUAUGCAUUAGCCUCUCAAAUGUUGUGUUUAUGUAUGUUGGGCAGUUCAAAGUGCAUGCUUGUGUGGGAUGCUGACAUUAACCGAGGUUUGAAAGUUCCUCUUACAUAAUAUUGAUGUUUUCUACUUUUUAGCAAUAGUUGCAGUCUGUAGAAUUCAACCAUUUUUCUAUUUUAUUAUAGAGAAGAUUUUCUGUGCGACAUGUAUUAUGUAACUCAUUUCAUUUUUCAUGUAUUGGUAAUAUGGUUCCUAUUUAACCGAGCUCUUGUUUUGGCCUUAGGAUGACAAAGCUUUCAUUGAGAGAAGUCUAGCGGAUAGUGAAAAAGUUCACGUACUAGCAAAUAAUCUCUGGUUUUGUUUGUAUGCUCAAAAUUUACUGUUAAUCUUGCAACCUCCAAAACCUAUUUAAUAACCAAGAAAAAUACGCAGAUGGAAGACAUUAGACUGUGUGAAGGUGUUCAAAAGGUAUUGAAUCACCUGCAUAUAGUACUGGAAGGUAUGCGCCAAAUGUUGAGAAGGCCAUGCAUCAUUUCCAUUGUCUGCUUUAUGAUAAUCUCAUAAACUUCUUCUAUUUGCUUAAUGCAUUUCUAAACUGCUGCUUAGCAUUCAUUGGAACUA